GUGUGUAUCUCUGUUAGUGCAGCUGUAGUAUUUACAGCCCGACUGCCCUUCCCACGAGAAUGCAGUUAUUGUCAAUUAUAUUAUUUUCCAAAAGGUUGCUUUUUAGCAACCACUCCGUUUAUGUAAUCUUGCUGUGACUGUGUCUGUCGUAGUAUUUUGCAUUAGUGCCGCGCGGCGAGCAGAGGAAAGAGUGUGCGCUCCAAUCGCGAGUAAUGCCGACUACGAUGGAGGGCUCGUCGGGGGAAGGUGACCUGUUUACCGUCAAACACGAGCUCAGAAACGCCAAUCUGACGGGUCACGUGGAGCGAGUGGGCAUUGAGAACUUUGAGCUGCUGAAAGUGCUGGGAACAGGAGCCUACGGCAAGGUGUUCUUGGUUCGCAAGGUGAGCGGCCAUGAUUCGGGUAAACUGUAUGCCAUGAAGGUGCUGAAAAAGGCCACUAUUGUGCAGAAGGCGAAAACGGCAGAGCACACACGCACUGAGAGACAGGUCCUCGAGCAUAUCAGACAGUCUCCUUUCCUGGUUACACUUCAUUAUGCCUUCCAGACAGACACCAAACUGCAUCUCAUUCUAGACUAUGUGAACGGAGGUGAGCUCUUCACACACUUGGUCCAAAGAGUUCGCUUUAAAGAGCAAGAAGUUACCUUGUACAGUGGGGAGAUUGUACUAGCACUGGAGCACUUGCAUAAGCUGGGAAUCGUCUACAGAGACCUAAAACUUGAGAAUAUACUGCUUGAUUCAAGCGGUCACAUCGUGUUGACAGAUUUUGGCCUUAGUAAGGAGUUUCAUGAGGUAGAGAGGGCCUAUUCCAUCUGUGGCACUAUUGAGUACAUGGCCCCUGAGAUUGUAGCGGGAGGAGAGUCGGGACAUGACAAGGCGGUGGAUUGGUGGAGUAUGGGAGUUCUGAUGUAUGAGCUGUUGACUGGAGGCUCUCCUUUCACUGUUGAUGGCGAUGAGAACUCUCAUUCUGACAUUGCCGAGAGAAUUAUGAAGAAGGAUCCUCCAUUCCCCAAAGAGGUGGGACCUCUGGCCAAAGACGUUAUCCAGCGAUUGCUAAUUAAAGACCCAAAGAAGAGGCUGGGCUCUGGGCCUUCAGGGGCCCAGAAUGUGAAAAGCCAUCCAUUUUACCAGAAAAUGAACUGGGAGGAUCUAGCUGCUAAGAAGGUUCCGGCUCCAUUUAAGCCCGUAAUUCGUGAUGAGUUGGAUGUUAGCAACUUUGCGGAGGAGUUUACAGAGAUGACUCCGACAUACUCCCCAGCAGCACUUCCAAACAACUGUGACCGCAUCUUCCAGGGCUAUUCCUUCAUGGCUCCCUCCAUCCUGUUUAAGAGGAAUGCGGUGAUGGAUGAUCCGGCUCAGCUGUGUGGCGGGUCAGAGAGGCCGGGCUCUGCCGCUGUUGCCCGUAGCGCUAUGAUGAAGGACUCGCCGUUCUACAUGAACUAUGAGAUGGACCUGAGGGAGAACGCUCUGGGAGAGGGAAGCUUUUCCAUCUGUAGACAGUGCACUCACAAAAAGACUGGACAGAAAUACGCUGUAAAGAUCGUCAGUAAAAGAAUGGAGGCACAGACGCAGAAGGAGAUCGCUGCUCUCAAACUGUGUGAUGGACACCCCAAUAUAGUCAAGCUACAUGAAAUCUACCACGACCAGCUACACACAUAUCUUAUUCUGGAGCUCCUGCGAGGCGGAGAGCUGCUGGAGAGGAUCAGAAGGAAGCAGCACUUCAGCGAGACGGAGGCCAGCUGCAUCAUGCGCAGACUGGUGUCUGCCGUCAGCCACAUGCAUGAUGUUGGUGUGGUGCACAGGGACCUCAAACCAGAGAAUUUACUCUUUACUGAUGAUACUGAGCAUUCAGAGAUAAAAGUGAUUGACUUUGGCUUUGCACGGCUCAAACCCCCUGACAAUCAGCUCCUGAAGACCCCCUGCUUCACUCUUCAGUACGCUGCACCAGAAAUUCUCAAAUACGAUGGUUACGAUGAGUCCUGCGACCUCUGGAGUUUAGGAGUCAUUUUGUACACCAUGCUAUCUGGCCAGGUCCCAUUUCAAUGCCAGGGGAAGAGUCUAAUGCACACCAGUGCUGAAGAUAUUAUGAGGAAGAUCAAACAAGGAGACUUCUCUUUCGAAGGUGAAGCCUGGAGAAGCGUAUCCAGUCAGGCCAAAGAUCUGAUACAAGAGCUGCUGACGGUGGACCCUGACAAGCGGAUAAAGAUGUGUGGCCUACGCUAUAAUGCCUGGCUGCAGGAUGAUAGCCAGCUCUCCUCUAACCCUCUUAUGACCCCGGACAUCCUGGGAUCUUCUACCAUAUCAGUGCACACCUGUGUCAAAGCCACCUUCAAUGCCUUUAAUAAGUGUAAGCGGGAAGGCUUCCGACUCCAGACGGUUGACAAGGCUCCUUUGGCCAAACGCAGGAAGAUGAAGAAGACCAGCACCAGCACGGACACCCGCAGCAGCUCCAGCGAGAGCACACACUCAUCAUCCUCUUCCUCGCAGUCUCAGGACAAGACGCCACCGGGCGGAGAGACAGCCAUCAUCCCCCAGGCCUCCGUGAGCACACCUCUCACUCUGGGCCCUGACGAUGAGCCCUCUCAGGGCGAACCCCGGCCUGCUUUCACCUUUACAGAGUGAACCUUUCAGAGUAGGACAACAGGAUAGGUUACGUAAUUAGGAUGCGUAAUUUUCCCACCAUUCUAUCUCCUCACGCUCCGGCAAGGCCGUACAACUCCAGAAUCUGCAUGCGGGGACCAACUCGAAUCCAUUACUAGCAAUAGAUGUACACCAUGAGCGCUGAAGACCAAGCUUGAGUGAACUUCUGGCUCAAGUCCCGCAUGGCUAAACCUCACUGCAUCCAGUCCAGGGUCUCAGACAGGAGGGAGAACUUCACUUUGAGGAGCAUCAAACCAGAGGGUGAAAAAGGGAAAGUUUGCUUCUGACAGAUCAGGCACUUUGCCUUAGGCAAAAAAGGAAAGGGAUAUGUAUUAUAAAAGAGUAUAAAGAGAAUUUAUUUAAGAGGAGAUUUAUUGUUUAUACAGACUUCUCUCAAAUUUGGUAUAUCAUACAUAUUUGGUAUAUUCGGUAUAUACCAAUUUGUCAAAUAUGAUGGCUCCAUUUGUUCUGGGAGCUUUGUGGUAUUGAUUCACAUAUCUAACUUCGAUCUUUGACUUCUUCCAAAAGAUUUUACUGAAGUAGCAACAUUUAGGUGUAAUAGUUUUCGUGUAAGCAUUUCAUUGUAAAACUCUUGUUAGUUACCCUCAGCGAGGUAAAAAAAGACAGCUUGUUUCAUAUUUACAUGUUAUGUUGUAAUCCUUUCCUCAGGUUAUUUAUUUGUUCUUUUUAACUUGAACUCAUUUUUUAAGAGACUGAAGGAGCAGUCACAUUUACUGUUAUGGGCGAAAUCCAGUUAUUUCAAUAGGAAUCUGCUCAUUUAGACGUUUCGCAAAGGUGCGAAACAUUUCUCCACGCAGAUUUUGCAUGAGGUUCGGGUUUUUUUAGACAGAUUUGAUGCGUUGACCAACAAGAAGCUGCUUGGUUUGAAAGUGACCUCUGAGUGAGCAAUGCUUUGUGCAUUGCUAGUAGCGGACAAUGGAUGGUUUUUGGUUAAAAGCUGAAAUUUCGCUGUGACCGCAUCUUAAAUGAGAGAACUAGAGGUGUUGCUUUGGAUGUUGUUUUACUCAAGGAUUUAUGCCUGAGAAAGUUUAAGCUGAGAAUGAAUCUGCUUAAAGCCAACAUGAAAUCAAAAUUGACCGAUUUUACAUUUUUAAUGCACCAGAUUCUGUCAUAAACAGUGCAGAAACCAAAAUGUAAUCAUUCAUUCUUCUUCUGCAAUGAGUUUCUUUUUCUGAUGACAUCAUUUAGGCCUCUCAGGUUAUUGGAUGAUGCUAACCAGUAGCUAAAAUGCUAUUUUGUCAUUGUUUAUUCUCACUUUCAAUCUGGCUGAAUUCUGCUCUGUAGUUCUGCCUACGUUUUAUAAUCUAAUCAGUUUCUGAUGGAUAAACUCAUGUCCCACCCUGCAUUUUUUUUUCUUGUUAUCCUGUUUCACUCGAGAAUGCAUCACAAGAGAGACAGUAAAUGGGUUUUGAUUCAUGCUGACUUUAAGCGUCUGCAAAGCUUAAUGACACGCUUAUCUUACAGAAGAUAACCAUGACUGCAGAGCCACAAAUUUAGCCCCGAAAUGAAGUGAUAUGCUAGCUAAAGACAUCUGUGGUUUCCUGUUUGAUGGUGGCAUGUUGUGUUUUUGGCUCUGUGUUAGAUGAAUGAUGCUUUAAGAUGCGCUGCGGCAGAGUCUGUGGUGUUAAAAAACGAUGCGCUUGCAUAUUUUCUUCUUGGCGUCAUCUGUUUCACAAGCCUUGGAGGUUUUGAGAUAAUGAGAUGCAGUGUUGCAGGACUCAAGUCCGAGUCCAAGACCAUAUUUUCAGGAGCAUUUGGACUCAGCAUGGACUCUUGAAUCUAAAUCCGGUCUUGUCUGGACCUGAGUGCUACACUCUUAAAAAUUAAAAGGGUUUCAGUUUUUUUUUUUUCUGUGGCAGCAAUGCCAUAGAAGGAACCAGUCUGAAUUCUUCAAAGAACCUUUCAGUGAACAGAACGUUUUUCCACAGUAAAGAACCUUUUGUACAAUGCAAAGUAGGGCUGGGUAAAAAGUAUUGAUUUCUCAAUUUUAAUCGAUUCUCAUUUUAAUGAAACAACAUCAGUUCUUAAAUUCCAGGAAUUGAUUGGACUAGCCUGUUUUCAGUUAAUGAUUGGAACAUUAUAGCGCAGCUCCCAUUCAAUAAUUCGCAGUAAGCUUUAUCCUUUGUUGCUUUUGAUAUGAAACAAAUUCUCAGAUUGCAAAUUCUGUCCAUUUACAGUAUUCAAACACUAAAUGCAGUUUUGGCGCUGUUUAAUGUGGAGUGACAGAUUGCUGUAGCUCCUCAGUUCAAGAGAAGCGGCUCUGCGAACGUAAACUGAUCCGCCGAUUUAACCAGUUUCAGCACGAAAUAAACAUCCGAAGAUAUGUUAAAAAAAACAACGUUGGAACACUGAGUACAACUUUCCAAAAUACGGACCCUGACUCAUUUAAUCGCUUAAUUAGUGUUUCAACCGCGCAAAGACGUCAGUAACAGCUUGUAAACAAUGUCACGUAACGUCACAUUUACCUCAGAAAAAAACAUAGUUUGUCACCAUAAACUUGUUAGUCAGCUAGAAAAAUCAACUCUAAAGAGGAGCAUUUUGCUAAUAUUUGAACCAUAUAAAAUAUUAAUUAUAAUUUUUUACUGUUUUUCAGUGUUUAAUUUAUGUUUGAAUGAAUCCUUCCAUUUUUUUUUUUUAAUGACAGUCCCCCAAUGUUUAUAUUUCAAAAAACGUAGAAGUAUAAUCAUGUAUUUGUAACUUUAUUAUUAUAAAAACAUGACUAAUAUGUGUCUCGUGAAAAUUUGGCAGGUGCUGUACCUGAUAUAUAUUCAAAAUAAUCGAACUGAAUCGGAUAUUGAAUCGAAUCUCAAGCUUGUGAAUCUGAAUCGAAUCAAACUGUGAAAUUUGUGUCAAAACCCAGCCCUAAUGUAAAUGUAUCAUGGUUUUUAAAGGUUCCUCAGUGCACUGUCAAUGCCAAAACAAAACUUUUAAUUUUAAGAGUGUACAACACUGAGUUGAUUAUGUGGUUUUUGGUGUUGUUUUUGUUUAUUACAGUUAAGAAGACUGAUUUUUGUCUUUAAUAAUUCAAAGCAUUAUGAUUAUGAUGGCUGACAUGGUGGCAUUCAUAUCUUGCAAGCACUACAAAACUAUUUGAAAGGCACUUGAACUCUACAUUGCUAUGCAAAAGUUAUUUUCUUCCUUUCUUCUUCUUAUGUUUCCGUUCGUAUCCUCAAAGACCUUUAUGCAUUAGAAGAUAAUGAAUAUAAACAGUGCCUCAUCAGGGCAAACAUAACUGCCAUUUUUGGAGACAGUCGCAAGGCUCCGGUCUCUAAGUAAAUCAUGCAUUCCACUUCCUGUGCACUAACCGAGACGAGACAUCCCAUCAUUGAGCUUUUAAACGGCGAGGGCUGGAUUGGGACCUAGCGGCGGGUGCGCACGCACGAACGCACACACUCAAACACACACACAAACUGGUGCUCCUGCCCACUCGAACCCGGGCAAAGGACAAGAGCAAUAAGAACAGCAGGAGCUCGGCUCACUUUCAUGUGUCUGAAAGCCGCCGCGUCCGGCCUCUUCCCCAUCACUGUUCUCCCUGAAGCUCCCUCAUUACUGCCUCCUCUUUUUGUUUGGGUGUAUUAAUAGAACGGGAAUGAGGGGAGGCAGAGAGAGUCCUACAUUGAACUCUCCUCUGGGAGCGAGGCUUUAUUAGAUGGUUUGCCGUGCUGCUGUUUGUCCCACUGGCUGCGUCCUGUCGCACAAACUUGGGGCUUGUUUUAUGGUUUGAUAAGUUUUUUAGGGGUUUUCCUCUUGUUUUAGCUGUUACAAGAUUAAAGGCCAGAUGUGGGUUUUCGUUUAGCGUUUAUAGAAGCGUAGCGAGCAUCAGCCCUUAAACUGAACGCACUCCUUUGAUCUGUGCACUCCAUUUUUGUUGCCCUAUUUUAGUCCUCUUGGGUGCUUGUAAAUUGUGUUGUCUGCUUGUGAAAUGUAACCGAGGGGCCCAGUGCACAUGUAUCUGUGAUAGCGGCGGGUGUGGGCUGCUCAUCUGCUUGUGGAGGUGGGCUGAUUAGACUUUUUAAGAUCUGCCUUGUUUUUAAGUUGGAGAGUUGAGCUUUCACUAAAGGGAUAGUUAACCCAAAAUGAAAAUUCUGUCAUUUACUCACCCUCAAGUUGUUCCAAACCCGUAUGAGUUUCUUUAUUCAUUUGAGCAUUAAAAGAAGAUAUUGUUGGUAACCAAACAGUUGACUAUCAAAGUCAGUGGCUAUCAACUGUUUGGUUUAGGGCUGUCACUAACAAUUAUUUUGGUAACCUAUUGUCGAUUGUUCUAACGAUUAAUCGAGUAUUUGGAUAAUUAUAAUAAUUUUUCGGCGAAUUAAAUGAGUUCUAAUUGAACAGUAGCUUUUAAAAUUACUUAAAAUACAUGUGUAAUAGUAACAAGGCAAUAAUAAUUAGUUUAAAUAAAGUAUCAAAAGCAAGUAAUCAUGGUUUUAUUGAACAAAACUGUUAAAAUACAUAAUGUGUUAUAAACAAAAGAGCUACAUAACAAAUGACUGCAGAGGGCGCCAACGGCCUGACGAUUGUUUUUACACUUUCCUGCACAGUUUAAUCAGUGUUUAAUAUUGACUAAACAACAGUUAAGUUAAAUGUCCACUUAAUCUCAAUAUUUGUCCAUUUCUUUACAACAAAAAUACUACCGCUGUAAUUUCUUGAAUAUGUGCACAUCAAAAUGUGUAAACUCAGAGUGAGUGUUUAAACUUUUAUUUUGAAAUUGCGAUGAACAGUUAGCUAUUAAGAAAGAUACUGAUGUAUUCUCCUGAGUUUACAUAGGUUUAUAAAUGAUUUACUUUACAAAUCUGAUGAAAUGGCGCAUGUUGCGUUCCCAGAUGAACGUUAUUAUAAACCCAAACUCGCAAUAGUUUUUAGAGAUGGCGUUUGAGAUGCUUCACACAUGUAAAUGCUAACAGUUGGUGUGGAGCACUAUUUACUGUAAACGGAGACGCUCUAAGAUGCACGUAACCUACAUGUAUGUAAAUAAUUAAUGCGCAUAAUUAAACCUGCACUGCAUAUAUUUAAUUAAUUAAAUCAUAGCGUUGUGAAUUCACAUAGGCAUUAUGCUUUAUUAUGAUUUUUAAAUGGAUUUAAUAUAUCAUGCAGCCUUGGAAAACGUUUUAAUAGAGGCUUUGCAUUUUAGCCAUGGUUUGGUCAGUUACCCAGAUACACUAAAAAACAAACAAACAAAAAAAACUUAGUCAACUUAAAAUAAUUUGUUACCCUGCUGCCUUAAAGUUUUAAGUUCAGUCAGCUCAAAUAAGUGUAGUCAACUUGAAAUGUUAAGUUGUACUAAGUGACAACUUAGAUAUUUGAGUUGACUAAACAAUAAAAUGUGGUUUGUUAAACUUAAAAGCUGGGUAAGUUAUCCAGCUGCCUUAAAAUUUUAAGUUGAAUCAAUUCAAAUAUCUAAGUUGUCACUUAAUACAACAUUUCAAUUUGACUAAACUUUUUUGAGUUGACUGAACUUAAAAUUUUAAGGCAGCCGGGUAACAAAUUAUUUUAAGUUGACUCAACAAAUUGUGUUUUACAGUGCACAUGGCCAUAUUGUUGAUACACGGAUGUAAACAACAGCAUUGAUUGCAUGGUUAAUGUACUACUGAAUAUGUUGUUCUUGCUAAUUUAUGCUGUCUAAACCAUGGAAAAAACAUGUGGAAGCAUAUAGAGAAGGACUUAGUAAGCAGGAAAGGGCUCGAUUUUUUGACAAAGUAAAGUUAAUAGGUGGUAAAGUGUUAAUUAAUAUUUUAGACUAAUAUUUCACCUACCUGACCAUAAAUGAUAAGAACAAACACAAAUGUUGUCAAGAUUGUUGCUCAGGAAAUCCUGGUUCAGUUUAGCCAACCACAAACGCCUUUUGUUCCUUAGACAGAGUUUUUUGCACUCUACUCCUUGAUUUGUUAUAACUUUUGUCAGUCUGUAGUACUCCAAAUGUUUUUCCCAGUCCGACUGAACAAGACAAGACAAUAAUUGACCAUUUUCAGCAGCAGUGAUCAGCAAAAUUUGCGAGUUCCAUUCAGUUCAGUGACAUUGUUUAUGUUCAGUGCCACAAAUAUGGCUGAUUGAUGACGCGUCAUAAAAACACUCUAUAAUGAGUUUCAUGGAUUCUUGUCUGUAGAAUUACUGCGUUUUGCUGGUUACUUGAUACGGGCAAAUUGCAGUCUACGUUUUUUUCUUUUCUUUUUUUUUAAUUAAAUACUCAAAUUGGAUUGAGGAAUCGUGACAGCCCUAGUCUGGGUACCAGCAUUCUUCAAAAAUAUCAUAUUUUGUGUUUCAACAGAAGAAAGCAACUCAUACAGGUUUGAAACAAGUGGAGGGUGAGUAAGUGACUGAAUUUUGCAUUGUUUGGGUGAAUAAUGCCUCAAAUGUUGGAACGUACUAUAAAUGGAUUUGUUUAAUUGCAUGGAAAGUUGUUCCCACUCUGUUUCAUGAUAAGUAGAAUUUGCCUUGUUCGAGAGGUGGCUGUGUUUUAAAUGUUAAUGUCAAAGUUCAAAAUUGUCAUUUGAAGUUAUUUGAAACUUAAAGGCAUUAACUAAAAAAAGUGUCUAUGGGUAGUUGAUAAAUAACAUGGACAAGAUCUAUUUCAGCAUCAAGAUUUUAGGUUAAAAUUGAAUUUGUAUAUGUACACUGUAAAAAAUAAAAAAACGCAAUUUGUUGAGUCAGCUUAAAAUAAUUUGUUACCCUGCUGCCUUAAAAUUUUAAGUUCAGUCAACUAAAAUAAGUUUAGUCAACUUAAAAUGUUAAGUUGUACUAAGUAACAACUUAGAUAUUUGUGUUUGCUAAACUUAAGAGAUGGGUAAGUAACCCAGCUGCCUUAAAAUUUGAAGUUGAUUCAACUCAAAUAUCUAAGUUGUCACUCAGUAUAAUUUAACAUUUCAAGUUGAAUAAACUUUUUUUUGAGUUGACUCAACUUAAAAUUUUAAGGCAGCCAGGUUACAAAUUAUUUUAAGUUGACGCAACAAAUUGUUUUUUACAGUGUAUAUCAGUGGUUCUCUAUAUGAGCCUCAACAAAAUUCCAAGGUGGGCUCAAGAUGGCUUUUUAUUAAAGCAAGACAAAUUAUUUAUAAUGAGACAAAGCAUUAAAAUAAGCUAAAAUGAAAAAAAAAACUGGUUAUUUGGUAUUUUAAUUCAUCCAUCCCAUCAACAACAACAGGGUUCCCACUGUCUUCAAAAACCUGCGUAUUAGGUAUCCUGAUUUUAAAAAUAAUGUAAAUUAAUAUAGUCGUAUAACUCCACGGGGGGUUUUAUAAUAAAAAUUUUUUUUUUUCUAGUUAUAUCAAGCUUUGAAAUAUUUUAUUGGAUCAAAAGUGAGUAUAAAAAUUAUAUUUUUAAAAAUCCUUUCCAUGAUCAAUAAUGAACAACUUAAAGAGUCAUUGUUGUAGACAGUUGGGCUCCUAGAGUCAAACAUCUUAAGAAGCACUGUAUUAUAUCAAAUUUUAGAUUUUCUUCCCCUGUUCACUUCAGUAGUAUUGCAAGCUAUGUUUUAAAAGUACAAAAUUCACACACAAUUCUCUCAAUUAAUAAUGGCUCAUACAAACGGCAUGUAAUUAUGUUUUUUUUUUUUUUUUUUAAA